AUGAAGAAGUUGGGCAAGAAUAAGAAAAAACAAUGGAAGCGUUGCUAUACUGACUUGGAGACUAAAUUGGACGUGGCUCGAAAGCAACGUCAAAUUUCUAAGGGUGGGUUUCUUUUGGGGAAAGUGGAAAAAAAGAAGCGACCCAUAAUCAAGGGAGACAAGAACGCUGCGAAGGCGUUUCCUGAAAUACCGUCAUUUAGCGAUGGUCAGCCUCGUAUGAAAAAGUACACCUUACAUGGGCCCGUUCGGACUAAUGUCGAUUUGUGGGCCAACGCUCCAAACACUACAGCCACCACCACCACCACCACGAAGGUUGAAAAAUCAGAGAUAAUUCUUCCAACUCCUGGUCAAUCGUACAAUCCCACAUUGGAGGAUCACUUCACGAUGUUGUCGGCUUUGGCCAAAACGGAAUUGCAAAAACGCCGACAAGAGGCAAAAAUCGAUCGGUUCCUGCAGGGACUAGGCACAAAUCGAGCGACUGCUGACCCGAUUGAAGAUGCUAAAAGUUUCAUCCAAAACCUUUCGGCUAACUCACAGUCACAAACAGCAACUCUCCCUGAUCAGGAAGCAGAAACAGUUGCCACACCACGCAAAACCAAGAAAGUGAACGUGGAAAAGCGUAUGGCCGUGGAAUUGGAAAAUAUUCCCAAAUUAUUGAAGGAAAUAAAGCGUGAAAAUCAGUCUCGAAUCCUACGGAAAAAAGCUCUGAAAGCGAGAAAAGAACAUAAAAAACAGUUGCAGAAAUUGGAACAGGAUAUUCCAUUUCAGCUGCCAAACGAGCUGGUACCCGCCCUAAGAAAGCUGACACCCUUGUUGGUACCGAUCACACGGACACUGCGGGUCGGUCCUCUUAGGGUUACUUCAAGUCAAGCCAAGGGAUCGUUUGCUUUCGGUACACGAUAA